AUGUUCUGGUCCCAAGCAUCGUUGCUUGUCUUGGGCCGCCAACGGACUGGCUUCAUAUCAUGGUCGAAACCGAUGAUCCAUUCCUCUCAACCACUUAGCUUCCCUCGAUUGGUCUAUCCGCCCCGGAGAAUGUGGGAAUCCACGCGAGUUCAAUGGCACUUUACCCUCAGCCAUCGUUGGCCACCUGCAACUAAGAUACUGUCCAACAUUGUCUGA